AUGACUGAAAAACGGCAAAUAUCUACUGCUGAACAUAUUUUUAUUAAUCUGUACUUAUGUAUUAUUCUUGAAAACAAACAAAAAUAUACAAAAACAAACAAUCAUGACCACUUCUAUCUAGUACUUUCCUCUUCAGCGUAAUGGCACCUUAGGGCAGAAAAUCGAAAAGCUCUUUCGAAGGCGCGAGCCUCGGCUUAACUCCGAAGGAAGCCUACUGAAUUUCAGCCGGAUCCGCUGUCGAGGAAAAGCGCUCAUCGCACAGCAUCGCAGCCCCAGUGUGCCUGCCUACGCUCGACCGCUAGUGGCCGCUGCUCCGAAAAAAAACCCUUUCCCCCCUUUCCCUUUGGCCGGGCGCAAAGGGAAGCAGUUUGGCCCUCCGUGGGCACCGUAGUAGGCGGACGGUGGGAAACAUGGCGCUGAGCUCGGAGCCGCUCUCGGAGCGCUCCGUGAAGUUGGCGGUGCUGCUGGCCUUCGCUUCGGGGGUGCUGGUGGGCUGGCAGGCGAACAGGGCGCGCAGGCGCUACCUCGACUGGCGGAAGAAGCGGCUGCAGGACCAGCUGGCGGCCACGCAGAAGAAGCUGGACCUGGCGUAAGGCAGGUGAGGACGUCGCGGGAUGGUGGCCGGGAAGGGUCAUGCCCCUCUGCAUGGCUUCUUGAGGGAGUGGUGGCCGGGAAGGGUCAUUCCCCUCUGCAUGGCUUCUCGGGGGAGUGGUGGCCGGGAAGGGUCAUGCCCCCUUCCAUGGCUUUCUAAAAAGAGGACUGCUGGCUUUUGAACGCCAAACUAGCAGUUGGCUACCCAACUUUUAUUUGCUUCAAUGUAUCCACUUUUGAUUUUGAAGAAACCUGAAUAGAUAGACGCGGGUGGCGCUGUGGGUUAAACCACAGAGCCUAGGACUUGCCGAUCAGAAGGUCGGCGGUUCGAAUCCCCGCAACGGGGUGAGCUCCCGUUGCUUGGUCCCUGCUCCUGCCAACCUAGCAGUUCGAAAGCACAUCAAAGUGCAAGUAGAUAAAUAGGUACCGCUCUGGCGGGAAGGUAAACGGCGUUCUCUGGUUCGCCAGAAGGCUCCCUCGGCCAAUAAAGCGAGAUGAGCGCCGCAACCCCGGAGUCGGUCACGACUGGACCUAAUGGUCAGGGGUCCCUUUACCUUUACCUAUCCACUUUUGAUUUUGAAGAAACCUGAAUAGAUAGCAUCAUUUAUUUUAUUAUUAUUUUGUUUCUCUUCCUAUCAACAGCCUGGAGCAAAUGGAAGCAAGAGGAAGCCUUUGGAUCAAAUCUGA